AUGGGUCGCUGGACAGACAUGGACAGCGACGCCGAGCGCCUCCCCUCCGGCUUCGAGCGUAUGGGCUACGACGCCGACACCCAAACCUACACCUUCCGCGACGCAUCCGGCCUCAUCUACGAAUCCGAACCGGGCAAUCGCUACAGCGAACUGCGUGCAACGGGCGAGCACUCGCAGCCCCCGUCCGACGAACAACGACGCGAGCAGGAUGAGAUGAUAGAAGAAGGCAACAGAAGCGCUGUGCGUAUGAUGUUGCCGUUUGCGCUGCUGAUGCUGGUGUUCUUGUUCUUGGUGUUUAAGCUUGUGAAUAGGAGUGAUGGGGCUGAUACAGUUGUUGCUCGCUGUGGGGAUGGGGAGCGCCAGUUGCGGGUUGAGAAGGGGGAUACGUGUUGGGCGAUUGCGGAGGCGAAUGGGUUGAGUGUUGAUGGUUUACUGGGCUUAAGAGGGAAUCAGGGUGUGGAUUGUGGGAAUCUCAGGAUAGGGCAGAGCAUCUGUGUGCCGAUGUUGAAGUGA